AUGAAAAUUAAAUCUACUCGAUCUACAACUGAUUUUACACAAACAGAUAUUAAUUCUUUACUUUUAUUAACUAAAAAAGAAAAACAACCAUUAUUAAUGAUGUCAAAUUCUGAACAACUUAAUAUUGAUUCUACACAAACAACAAUUGAUUUAAACAGAAAUAAUAAAACUCGGUCGCUAGGUCAUGAUUUAGAUGAUCAGCGAUCAGCUGAAAAUGAUCAAAAAUAUCAAUCUUCACUUCAACAACAAUUAAAUUCAAUACACAAAUUUGAUGGACAUGGUAAUCCAAAAAUUUGGUUAAAACAUAUUAUAGAAAAAUUUGAUUUAUUACAACUUCCAUCCCUUGAACGUAAUGAAUUAGUUUCAGAAAUUUUAACUGGUGACGCACUUAUUUGGUAUAUUAAACAACAAGAUGACAUGCCAACUUUUAUUACGUUUAUGAAGAAAUUUUUACAAGAUUUUGAUACUGAAGAAUUAAAAACGGAUUUAUCAAAAAAAUUUAGCUCAUCCGCUAUGUUAUUGAAGGAAUCAGAAGAUACUAUCACAAAUUGUAUACGAAACCAAAUAUUAAUCACGAACAUCGAAAAAUUACAAAAAUAUUCCGGCAAAUUCCAACAAAAUGUAGCUAAAUGGUUACGAGACUUUGAACAAACAAUGAAUAUCUUUAAAUUAACAGAUGAGGAAAAACUUUUUUAUGUAUCUUUAUGUUUAGAAGCGGAUGCACGAGAUUGGUUUUAUGAUAAUCCGCAUCUAUGUACAACGUGG